AUGGCUUUCCUUUUUCUGUUACGUUUUCGGUUUGAAAGAAGUUUCUUUCAUUUGUUCAUUCUUUCUUUUGAAUUUUUUCUUUCUUUCUUACUUUCUUUUAUUGUUUUUUUUUUAAUCUUUUCUUUAAAUGCAUUCCUUCCUUUUGUCUUUGUGCAUUUUGUUUUACUUUCUGUCUUGUUCGCUUUUAUCUUAAAUUUUUCUUCCUUCUUUCAUUUCUUUCUUUCUUUCAUUCUUUCUUUCUUUCUUUCUUUCUUCCACUUUUUUUCUUCUUUACGCCUGAUUUCUUUUCUCAUUUUUACAUGCCGUUUUUCUUUAAUCCCUCUUAUGAUCAUUUUUAUGUCCUCUCUUAUUCUAUCUCCCUUCUUUCUUUCUUUCUUUCUUUCUUUCUUUUUUCUUUCUUUCUUUCUUCAUUUCUUUUUUAUCUCUUUCUAUCUUUACCUCUUUCCUUCUUUCUCUCUUUUUAUUUCUUGCUUUCUUUAUCUCUUUCUUUCUGUCUUUCUUUAUCUCUUUCUUUCUUUCUUUCUGUCUUUCUUUAUCUCUUUCUUUCUUUAUCUCUUUCUUUAUCUCUUUCUUUGUGCUUUCUUUUUUAUCUCUUUCUCUGUCUUUCUCGCUUUCUUGUUCUCUUUCUUUUUUCUGUUUCUCUCUCACUUUCUUUAUUUUUAUUUAUUUACCUCUUUCUUUCUUUUUUCUUUCUUUCUCGCUUUCCUUUUCUCUUUCCUUUUUUCUCCUUUUUCUCUAUUUCUCUAUUACGCUUUCUUUCUUUCUUUCUUUCUCAUUCUCUCUCUUUCUCUCUCUCUCUCUUUCUCUCUCUGUGUUUCUUUGUUUUUCUCACUUUCUUUUUCUCUUUCUUUCUUUUUUCUCUAUUUCUCCCUUUCUUUCUCUUUUUCUUUCUUUCUUUCUUUCCCCCUCUUUAAUGUUUCUUUCUUUAUUUUAAACAUUCUUCCUUUAUUUCGGCUUUUCUUCCAUAAUUCCUACUUCCUUUCUCGUUUCUUCCUUCAUUUGCUCUGCCUUUCUUCCAUCAAUAAUUCUUUCUUUCCUGUAUUCAUUCCUUCAGAUUUUCAUUACUUCUUCUUUCUGACUUUUGAACUUUCCUUCUCUCAUUUUAAUCUACUUCCUUCAUUUAAACAUUCUUUUUUCGGCUUCUUUUUCCCUUCAAUCUUUCCUCAUUUCCUUCGAUCAUUUCUUCUUGGCUUCUAUCUUUUUUUCCUUCAAUCAUGCCUUCUGCUUUCCUUUCUUCAUUCAGUCAUUUAUUAUUUCUUUCUGCUAUUCUUCUUUUUAUCAUUACUUCUUUCUUCCUGCGUUCUCUCUUUAAUAAUUCCCUUUUUCUAUAAUUCCUCUCCGCGUCUGACAUCCUUCCUUCCAUCCUUCCUUAAUUACUUAUUUUUUCCUUCCUUAAUUAUUUACUUUCUUUUUUCUUUCAUUCCUUCCUUCCUCUUUUUUAUGCCAGCUCAAUUCCUACUUUCUUUCCCGUCUUCUAUCUUUGUUUCAUUAGUAUAUUUUCAUUUUGCUUACCUUCAUACAAUAAUUUAUUCCUUCAUUGUCUUUUUUCUUUCUCUCUUUCUUGGUGAAUUAUUUAUUCUUUUCUUUUAUCUUUCUUCCUUUUUGUCCAUCGUUUCUUUCUUUCAUUCGUCUUUCCUCGUUCCUUCCCAAACACGCAGGACAUCUGAUCACAGAUCAAAUUUUUCUUUCACCUUAUUAAGCUUAAUCUCACAUCCUUGA